UAUGGAGUGCCUUAGGAGCCUUGAGAACUCGCGAGCAAAACAGCAUUGGCGCCCGACGAAAACACACUCGCGCCGCGAGCUUCUUUUCGCGCCCAGCGAACUCGUUCUCGCGGCUCGUGACUUCUUUUUCGCUGGCGAGCUUGUACAUGCAAAAAUUCAGCCCCAAGGGGUUCGCCAGCCGAAACCAUGUUCGCGCCCAGCGUGCUCACACUCGCAUGCGAAACCAUUUUGGUGCCCAGCCACUGCGGCCUUGCAACCCGCGAGUUCCUUUUCGCCCGCGAAUCCUGCAUAUCUCCAAUUUUCAGCUUCAAGUUGUUCGCUUGCCCAAAAGACUUCCACUAGCCACCAAACUCAUCUCGCUAGCCAAUGACCAUUCGCGACCCGCGAACCCCACCAACCCACCUUCUUCCCCAAGCACUCCGGCCGCCACGCGCCACCGCGCACCGCCGCCCGCCGCCACUUUCUCUGGCCAACCACCUCCGAUCAUGACAUAUCAUAUAUCAACGCGAAGCUCUCGUCGACGCCGACAACAUAACCGGAGCUCAAACAAAAAUUCCGGCGAGAAGGCUUCCGAUUUUUCGGCAAAAGCUCGUAGAUCUACAAAUCACUUCAACCUUCAUAUCCAAAUUGCCGGCGACUCACUUGGACCCACCAAAAUACGAAGGCACCCUCGGACUCCUCUCGCCGGGGCGCACCUUUUUCGACCACCAUUGCCGGAAUCCGGCGAACUUUUUCGGCGACCAUUUUUUCCGGCGAAUGAGCACCCACCGAGCUUCCGGUUAGUAUUUUUUAGCUUUUCUUGUCAUAUACCAUCAACUCCUAUCGUUGAAGAUUCAUUUCGCAUGUUCGUUAAUUUUGGAUCGUUCAAUUUAUCUCUUCGAGCUAUUUGUUAUUUUGUUUGCUUGAGGACAAGCAAAGAGUUGUUGUUUGUUAUGUUUUUGUGCAUAUUUUCUUGUGUUUUAUGUGCUUUAGUUGAGUCAUUUUUUAGGUUCGUUUUAGUGUCAUCCGGUCCAUUUUAUCGUAUUUUAUGUGUUUUUGCUUUCGCUAUGUGUUUUU